UGGACGCUUGAUUUGAAGGGCAAUGCCAUUUUCCGCAGUGGCGCCUCCAACUGAUAAUUAAAGACAGGCACAGGAAAAUUAAUAUUCUUUUAUUAGGUAUCUAUGAAGACAGGUACCGUGGGCAAAUACAGUGUUUAUUAAUUAAGUAUGAGAGAAAGGAGGUAGUUUCCUACUUCCCUUUCCCUUCCCUUGUCAGGUGGCGGGGUGGCGGCAAGUUUUGCAACACCUGAAGGUGUUGCCAGUAUUUGACUGUCCAUAGAGGCAAUAUGAAACCUAUUCUUCUAUUACAGUUUAUUUACCUAUCUACUGUUGCCUAAUGAAUAAAUAAAAUUGUCAAUACUUACAUUUUUAGUAGAUAUGUCAUUAAUAAACGUCACAAGUUUUGUAAUUUGCAAAAUAUGCUUUCGAUAGAUUUUUUAAAUAAAUUCACGGUUCGGAAUCUCCCACAGAUAUAAUCAGGCUAUAUUAAAUGUUAAAUAAUCCGUUAUUUAUUCAAAUAACGUAAAAUGUACAUCGCGUUCAAGUGGCUGAUUGGUUUGACUCUCGCUAUGUGGCUGUCUAUGUGUACCCUUGAUAUCAUUGUGAAGAGAAACUUUGAAACUAAACAGGAGGGUCUUAACACGAAGAUAUCACAAAUUGCCAGAAACACAACGAUUCCAUUAGACGAUGAAGUGCAGUUACGAAGCAAUAAAUAUUAUAAGCAUGUGCCCGACAAGCCCUCAAGAGUCACUGUAAUGCCAUGCGUUAUGUUCUUUGCCGGAGCUCUCGUGGUAUCCUUGUACAAUAGAAAAAAAGAAAUUAUUAUACUUAUUAAACAAAAAUUUUCUGAAGUAAACUCUAGAGCUGUUAUCGAAAAAGUGCAAGACUAUAUCAAAGUAGCCCUAUACAAAAUAUCUGAUUUAAAAAUAACUUCCGUCAAAUUAAUAAGCUUGCAAAUGAGCAAUAAAAUAUUAAGUUUAUGGAACAGAUUCUCUGUGUUGGUAACAAGAAAAGAUCCAAGGGUUAAUCUUUUAUUACUCAAAAAAUUGCAAGAAGUUGGCGAAGAGAGAAAAAAUUUAGGCCAGCUCUUGAUAGCAGCUAUCCAUGAAAACAAAAACAUUAGAAUGCAAUAUGAGUUAGAAAUGUUGGCGAAAAAUAAACUUGCCAGGCACAUUGAGAACACUCAGAAGGUGCUAAAAGAAAAUAGAUCCAAAUACGUCAGUUUCCAACAGUUAUACUUAGUUACACAUCAAGAAAACUCAUUUUUGAAGUGCCGGGUCAAAAAACUCGCAAAAGAAAAAGAGGAAGCCGAAAAAAAUCUGUUGGAAUUAGUAAACGAGGUAUACAAAUCCAAAAAUAGUCAGUUAAAGGCUUUUUGCAGUAAAUUUAUAGUAAGGACAACCGAUAACUUAUUGAACAUAGACGUGGGCGCCGAAAUACAAAAGUUUUUGGACAAAUCGCGAUCAACUUCAGCUUCCUCGUCAAAUUGGCAGUUAUCUGAACACUCCAGUAAUUCCUCGAGUAGUUGGCCCAUAAGUGUAAAUACGCGGUUUGCAGAAAUAGUUCAAGACGAUGUUCUAGUACCGUUAAUAUCUGACGCUCCCAAAAUGAAGGGACUUCCCGGUGAAUAUGUCUGGACAGUCAAAGACAAAGACGGUCUGAUAGAAAAGUUGUACGAAUAUGACUAUGAGACUGAUUUAAAUGACGGAGAAACUAUAAAAAGAAUAAGGCAAUAUUCCGUUUAUUACGACAAGGAUUGUUUAUUGGAUUUCAUGAAUUCAGGAACUGUAAUAAAUGACCCACGAUGCCAGUCCCGAUGCGUGGGUGUGGACUACCCUAUAACAACUCAAGGUUUUUUAACGGGUUCCGAGGCGUUUCAAAAAUUCCUGCAAAACAGUAUUAUUAUAACAAACUCUACACCACAGAUAACGGGAUCGCCGUUGCAGAACGGUUGAAUUUUUUAAAGUUUUAUAUUUGGAUGAAGUUUAUCUGAGAAUAUAUUUUUACU